GUAAAUAAUGCAGCCCAUGAAAAACACGCCCCCUGGGAAAAAAUGAACGUCACUUCCGACGCGCGCGAGACAAGCUAGCAGUGCAGCUAACAACAAACAGUUGACAUCUAAGAACACAGAAGGAUGCACCAUUUUUACAGCAUAUUUUAAAAAGUGCGUGGUCAUUCUUGUGGUGUUUAGUUUGUUGAAAAAUGCCGAAGCAUCUCCGCAAAGAAGUCCGCUCGGUUGUUGACACCCUUUAGUGCUAACUUUUUUUUCCCUUCCUUUUUUUUUCUUGUCGUUUUCGCAGAAGUUUUCCCUCUGGGAUGCAUUAAGUACCCCUCCCUCCUUUCUGCUUCGUGUCGGCAUUAUUGAGCCGGGCUUCGGUGCUCGGUAACCGGUCGCGAUGAAGCUGCAGUGUGAUGUGGAGGUGUUGAGUCGACUGCUUCCGACGUACGGGAUGAAAAGUCGGGGUAAGGGGUCGCGAGCGGUGGUCUCCAUCGGGAAGCACCCGGACAAGUCGAGUCAACGCAGUAACGUUUACAUGAUGAUCUGCACGGCCAAAGACAGGACGGGAUCGAAGUAUAAGCUAAAAGACAACAUCGAGAAGUUUUUUACUUGGUUCGUGGAAGAAGGCAAGGCAACUGUCAGGUUAAAGGAUCCAGCUGUGGACAUUUGUCUGAGCAAGGCCGACGCAAACAGCUUGAAGAGCUUCCUCGCUGCGGCUCGACUGGCGGACCGAGGGAGCGACACGAGCAGCCUUCCUCUGUCCACGCUCACGCCUGUUCGUGCCAGAGACGUGGAGCAGCUAAAGAAGAAGCUCACCAUCGUGUCCAGGAAGGAUUACCCCCUCGCCUCCAGCUURCCUUACUCCCUGGAGCAGCUGCAGGUCUCGUACUGUAAACUCUCACGAGUCGACAUGCGCAUGCUGUCCCUCAAAGCUCUGCGCAGGCUGGACCUCAGCAACAACCACAUCAAGAAGCUCCCCGCCACCGUCGGCAACCUCGCCUGCCUCUCGGAGCUCAUCCUUCACAACAACCACCUGGAGGCCUUCAGCGAAGCCCUCUGCCUGUCCACCCUGCAGCGGACCCUCCAGGUCCUGGACCUCAGCCAGAACCGCCUGCGGUCGCUGCCCGCCCGCUUCUGUCAACUCCGAGAACUCGUCAACCUCAAGCUGGACGACAACAAGCUGGUUUGCUUGCCGUUCCACGUGGGGCGGCUCGCCAAGCUGAGGUUCCUGUUCGCUGCUCACAACCAGCUCACCGUUCUGCCUUGUGACUUCCGUAAGCUGAGUCUGGAGAACUUGGACCUGUUUGGAAAUCCCUUCCUUCAUCCCAAUCCUCUGGACCACACGAUGCAGCUGUCGUUUCCCCUGCCUCUGCAAGAACUAGCCUCCAGGGCUGUGACUGAGCUCAGGAUUCCUUACGGACCUCGCCUCCUUCCUGCACAUCUGUGUCGAGACCUGGAAUCAGCCAAAACGUGCGAGUGCGGCCGCGUCUGCGUCAGCUUCUACAUCGAGACGGCGGUGCGCAUGAACCUGCACCAGGUGUCCCACACGGUGGUGCUGGUGGACGACAUGGGGGGCACGGACGCACCCGUGCAACAGCACUUCUGCUCCCUCUCCUGUUACUCUGAGUUCUUAGACAACUCCCUGCAGCGAGGCGUGAAAUGAGAAAGCAGACGUCUUUGACCUGAAUACACGGUGACGUUUGGGCGUUGAUUGUGUUUUUGUGCAGACUSUGAAAGAGACGUAGCUCCAUGUUUAGAGUGGAUUCAGUCAAGUUGUGCUUUUAACAGUGCUUCAAAGAGUUAUUUUUAUACAGAAUUAAACUAACUCAGGACCAGCUCCAUUUGCACCAGAGUAGCACCGACUUCCUGCAGUAACUCACAAGUUCUGAGCUGCUGCUGAGUUUUAGACAUUAUAUAUUUUUUGUUUCUUUGUUUUGUUUUCUCUUUCUUUUAGAGCAGACUACAGGUUCACAUUACCUACUUCUUUCAGGCAGGGUAAUAAAGACAUAACUUGUUGCCUCAAGGUUUAUAAACGGGUGAUAAAGUGAUUUGACUAUUACUUUGUUAAAAACCGUGAGUUUUUAUAAAUGCAAAAAGAAUAAAAGCAUUCAUUGUUA